GAUCGGUGCGUCACGCGUGUCGGCGUGCGUGCGAGCGGGCUAAUAGCGGAAUCACCGCCGCGCGGCGAGCGACCGGUUGGUGGUCGUGUGGUCGGUCGGUCGUUCCCGCACGUCGCGCGUCGUCCGACGCGCCGCCUAAUCGGAGCGGAGCGUAGCGUAGCGUGGUGGCGUAGCGCAAGAGCGCAGCGCGGCGCAGUGCACACAGCCACACAGAAGCGCGAGGGGAGCGUGCGUCGUCGAGUCUAGGGCAGGCACACAGCGACCGGUGGUGGUCGCAGCACAGAGCCAGCGCGAUGGUCGUCAAGAUCUACGUAUCGGGUAUCAGCGGCAACAAGGAAGUGAAAAAAAGACAGCAACGUGUAUUGAUGAUCUUAGAUAGUAAAAAUGUUGAAUACGAGAUCAUUGAUAUAACAGAGCCAGGCAAAGAAUUGGAAAAGGAAUUCAUGCAAGCCAACAGUAAUGCUAGGAAUAACAAGUAUCCAUUGCCACCACAGUUAUUUAACGAAGAUGAUUAUUGCGGUGAUUAUGAAGAUUUUGAUUUAGCGAACGAAAUGGAUGAACUGGAAAAGUUUCUGAAAGUAACGCCGGCGGUUAGUACUGCAGAAAUCACUCUUGACUCAAAAUCUCAGAGUGAAAUUCAAGAGAAUGGAAAUACGUCAAGUCGAGAGCCUUCCGCAGACAAAGAAGCAGAUAUUCUACUUUCCGACAGUUUACCAGAAAGGACAACUCUAGAAAGCGAGUCCAAAGCGUUAGAUGACUCUAAACCAGCCGAAGUAGAUAGCGCGGCAAAAGUUAUCGCUAGCGAUGAAGGUGAACACGCAGAAGAUAGCGGCGAUAAAAAUGAAGAGAAGUCCGACGACCAAGAGAAAGAGGAAUAGAUACGAGAUAUACCCAUGUAAAGUUGGGAUAUUCCACACAAUGACUUCCUUCCUUUUCCACCCACAAACGUAUUUUGCAAAAAGCCACGUUUAUUACAUUACUAAGGCUGAAUGAAGGUACUGCCAAGAUAAUAUUCUGCACCGCAGAAAGUCUGUUGAAUGAUCAGUAUAAAUGACGCAUGGAACAUUCUUUUAUAGAAUAUAUAUACUUUGUAUUUUUAGAUCAAACGCGUCUUCACCAAAUGUUUUGCAACAGGUCUGAUUAAGCGAUAUGAAACAAUUCCUUCGUAUCGCUCUCUUUGUAUACAUCCUCACGUUUGUUUACUAUUUUUGCAUUGUUUCGCACCGCACCAUACCUGAUACACAUUGUAGCACACUACAUCCGAACUGAAGUACAUAUUUUUCUCUUACAUGUGCAACCACCCAUUACACCUUUCUCGUUUGUUGCCGCGUGCAAAGCGUACAAAAUAUAGAAUCUAGCAAUACAUAACAUAUACACAAUAUCAUUUGAGAUAUGAGGACAGAGAGAGAUAUAUAGAUAAAUAUGUAUUAUAAUUGAAUUUUUUUUAUUUGUAGAUAUAAUUAAUUUGUUACACAUGAGAAAAAAAAUUUUGAUAUUUAUAUUAUACUUUUAAUCGCGAAUAGAACAGUAUUAAAGAUAGGUUUGGCUUGUUAAAAUUUAUUCGGACAUUUCGUUUUUUUCGCGUUAAGAUAAUCAAACGGUCUUUCCAAAUAUGCUUUAAGAAGUCGAUUGAUUUCUUGAGCUUAAUUAUAUAUUAAAUAUAUUAGAAGUAGUUAUUAGAAGGAACAGAAGAAGAGAUUUCUAGAUUUUUAUAAAUGAAUUAUAAAUAUCUUUUUAUGGUAUAUAAACUUCCAUUUUCUACUUACAACAAAAUUAUGCUGGUGCAUAUGACUCAUACUGAGGCGUGACACGAUUUCAUUGAUAUGUGUGUAUAUGACUCAUGCUUGUUCAACACAGUCUAUUCAGUCAUUAAAAUUUUUGCGUCUAAAAUCGAACAAUUGAGUUUUUUAAAAAGUUCUAUUUUUGAAAACAGAAAGAUCGGUUUACAAUGCUUGUAAAUUGUAUUGUAAUAAUACAAAAGUUCAAAGCAAAAGUGAGAGAGAGAGAGAGAGAAUUUCUUACAACUGCUACUAUUGAAACAGCGCAAUGAAUGCUUUAAUAUAUAUAAUAUAAAAAAUGACAUAUAUGUGAAAAAUGUUUAAUAUCUAUUCAUUGCACAAAAUGAAUAAAAAAAAACAAGUUUUUUGUAUACAAAUCCGAUGUUAUUCAAACUAAUUAUAUUCUAAAUGAUAAUAGCGGCAGUUGUAUUGAUGAAAAGGCCUAUAUGAAUUAUUCUUUUAUUAUUUUUAGUCAUGACAUUUAUCUUCCUACGUGUGUGCUCAGCAAGAUCAAUAUCUUGCAUAAAUCUUUUAUUGCUUAUCUAUCGUUCAACCAAUACUUCCGUCAUAAAAAAAGAAUUAAGCUUUAUCCAAGUAUUUGCUACAAGUUGCUUUGUUAUAAAUAAAUAAAUGAAAUAAAAAGUUAUUUUUGCUAUUA